CUCCGUAGUUACGUGCCUAGUAGCAGGCGCGUACAGUUCGGUUGCACUCACGAAUGCUAAGCUAAUACCGGUUAACGUUUUUUUUAACCUAAAGUGUGAUAGACUGUUUCUGUUUCAAUGGAGAGUAUAAAUGCUAAAUACGUGUCCCAGAAAAUCAGCAAAACGAGAUGGAAACCAGUGUCGUAUUCGUCUCUGCAACAACCAGAAGUCUUUGCGACUGGCUCGUGGGACAACGAGGACAACAAGAUUUCCUUCUGGUCUAUUGGGAAUCAUGGAGGUCCUGGCAUGGAAGAUGGAUUUGAAGGCGAUCCACAGCUAUUAUGUGAACACAAGCAUGAUGGAGAUGUUCUAGACCUUCAGUUUCUGGACCAAGACAGAAUCGUAACAGCAUCUUCAACUGGAGCAGUCACCAUCUUCCGCCACCACCAAAACAGUCAGACAAUAUCAGUUUCUCAGCACUGGACAAGAGCACAUCGUUACCCUUGUGACAACGCCCCCUGUACUGGUGUUGUGUGCAGCAGUCCGGAGAUUGUUACGGUUGGUGAAGAUGGCAGGAUCAUCGUCUUCAGAGCCGACCAAGAAGGAGUGAUUCGAGUCAUAGAGAAUGCAGACAGCAGCACGAUUCAUGCCGUGACUUACCUGAGGACAACAGAGAUUUUGACAGUGAACUCUAUCGGCCAACUCAAGCUGUGGGAUUUCAGACAACAGAGCAACUCGCCAUCCCAGAUUCUCUCCCUGUCGGGGGAUAGAGUUCCUCUGCACUGUGUGGACAGACAUCCCAACCAACAGCAUAUUGUGGCCACAGGAGGCCAGGACGGCAUGCUCUGUGUCUGGGAUGUGAGACAAGGCAACACUCCCUUCUCACUCAUGGAGGCACACUCUGCUGAAAUGUGGGAGGUCCACUUCCACCCGACCAACCCAGACCAUCUGUUCACAUGCUCAGAGGACGGCUCGCUGCUGCACUGGGAGACAUCGUCACAUUCAGAAAUGCCUUCCUUCCUACAAGGUGGCAGGAACAGCAGCAUGCUCUCUCGCAGUGCAAUGGCUCCGGCUGGAGGGAACCAGUCCCUCAUCAGCGCCUGGCUGAGCGGAGACUCCAGUAAAGGUCGUCUGGAGACAACUCACAUGCUGCCCAGCCAGACGCUGUCGGUCAACAGCUUGGAUGUACUUGGACAAUGUCUUGUCUGUGGGACUGACGGAGAAGCUAUUUUUGUCAACAGACAGGUCCCAGUUUAAAAAGUAUUUGUUAGUGCACAGGACAAGAUGUUUAUUUACAGUCAGUUUCAGCCACAACGGAGGUUUUAUUGUCUGCCUUGAUCACACAGGGAGCCACGAAUACUAUAUGUUCAAAAGCGUGCUUGUGACAUUUUGGCCUGUGUAUUUUUCUGUUAAUAGUUUCAUACACAUUUUGCAGUUUCAUUGAUGGAUCAUCAUGGCUCAAGGUAAAUCAUUCCAAGCAGUUUAUUUGUUUUCAGCAGUACCUUUUUGUAUGAAUGUCAUUUAAAAUGGUUUUGAAAUAAAUAAAUAAAUAAA